GUGAUUUUUCCCUUUUGCUCUGCUAUGCGGACAGGUUUCUUUGAGAGGUGUAGACGUCAACGUGUCCCAUCAUGAGUUCCCGCGUGUGCAAGAACUGCGGCUGCAAGGACAUCGAUGUCGACCAGGCCCGGGGCGAUGCCGUCUGCAUGGGCUGCGGCUCGGUGCUGGAGGACAACAUCAUCGUGUCCGAGGUGACGUUCGUCGAGAACAGCGGAGGGGGCUCGUCGGCUGUCGGGCAGUUCGUCUCCUCUGAUGGCACAGGCAAGUCUAGCUCCCUGGGGACAGGGUUCCACCACACCAGCAUGGGGAAGGAGUCCCGUGCCCAGACGCUGCAGAACGGGAAACGGCAGAUCAGCAACCUGGGCCACCAGCUGCAGCUGAACCAGCACUGCCUGGACACGGCCUUCAACUUCUUCAAGAUGGCCGUGAGCAAGCACCUGACGCGCGGGCGCAAGACGCUGCACGUGGUGGCCGCGUGCCUCUACCUGGUCUGCCGGACGGAGGGCACGCCCCACAUGCUCCUGGACCUGAGCGAUCUCCUGCAGGUAAACGUGUAUGUCCUGGGAAAAACCUUCCUCCUUUUGGCCAGAGAGCUGUGCAUCAACGCCCCAGCAAUAGACCCCUGCUUGUACAUCCCCCGCUUCGCCCACCUGUUGGAGUUCGGGGAGAAGAACCACGAGGUGUCGAUGACGGCGCUGAGGCUGGUGCAGAGGAUGAAGAGGGACUGGAUGCACACGGGCCGCAGGCCGUCGGGGCUGUGCGGAGCGGCCCUGCUCGUCGCCGCCCGCAUGCACGAGUUCCGCCGCACCGUGAAGGAGGUCAUCGGCGUGGUGAAGGUGUGCGAGGCCACACUGAGGAAGAGGCUGACUGAGUUUGAGGAGACGCCCACCAGUCAGCUGACCAUCGACGAGUUCAUGAAGGUGGACCUGGAGCAGGAGUGCGAUCCGCCAUCGUUCACCGCAGGGCAAAGAAAGGUCAAGAUGAAGCAGCUUGAGGAAGAAUUGGCCAAGAAAAUCGACGAAGUUCAAGGUGAAAUCUACAACUACCAGGACGAGAUUGAGACGGAGCUGGAGAACAGCCGGCCCAGGCUGAGGGGGAUGUACGCCUCGUACGCAAGAGACGACUUCCAGGACGACGAGAUCUCUAUGGCCUCCAGUCGGCACGGUGACGAGGACAGGGAGGACGAGGAGCUGGAUGCGGCGGCCGACCACCUCAGCCAUGUCCUCUUCAGAGAGGAGGGGUCUCCGCCCGGGGAGGAGGGGGGGUGGGAGGGGGAGGCUGAGGCUGUGAGGCCUGGCAGGCACCCCUCCCUGGCCUCCCUGUUGGGCCCCCUGCCAACGGCCGCCAGCCUGGGCCUCACCGAGUCCAUCCAGGAGUGCAUCAGCGACCAGAAGGGAGAUGAUAUAAAUUCUGAAAAUGGAGACUUGGACCUGAAUGGCAUUGAUGACGACGAGAUUGAGAGGUACAUCCUAAAUGACAAAGAAGUGAAAAUUAAGACACAGCUAUGGAUGAAGCAGAAUGCAGACUACUUAAAAGAACAGAAAGAGAAGGAAGAGAGGAUAGCAAAAGAGAAGGAGCUGGGCAUAUACAAAGAGCAGAAGCCCAGGAAGCCCACAAAGAGGCGGCAACCGAUCAGGGCGAGCACGGCGGGCGAGGCCAUCGAGAAGAUGCUGGAGCAGAAGAAGAUCUCCAGCAAGAUCAACUACGACGUGCUGCGCGACCUCAACACCAAGGGCGACAGCCCGGCCCGCCAGCCCGACGAGGCCCAGAACGGCACCGGCGGCAGCAGGAGGCCGACGGCCCGCCGGAAGCAGGCCAACAGCAGCGCCGACCUGGCCUCCACCGUCAGCAGCAUGGGCAAGAGGUUACGGCCCUUGAUAUCUGCUCAGCCCACGAAGAAGCUUGCUGUUGAGCAGGCCGCCCCCAGCAGCGCCAAGGCCGAGCCCUCUGGCCCCUCUCAGCCGAUUGUGGUGGAGAGCGGGCCGGUGGUGUACGAGGAGGUGUUGGAGGAAGAGGAGGACGAGGAGGAAGAGCCCUGCGUCAGUGCCAUGCAGCUGAUAGGAGGCAACGAUUACGGGUGUGACUUGGACGACGAUGAUGGUUUCUAGCGCGGGGUUUCGGUGGACUGCGGACAGGUGAACGCAGCCCGCCCAACAGCGCAGCCGGUCGCGCCCUUUGACCCGGAGCUGAGAGUCUGCCGUUUGGAUGGGAACAUAGAGACAGCGUGGAACCUGUGUGCUUUUGGACAGGUGUGGGAGGGCCCCCUGUGGAGCCUGCGCUAAAUCCAGGGGCGGGGCCUCCUUGGG